AUGGUCUGGUCUGGAGAAGGAGGCAGAGUGACAACCUCGCAAGGGGCGUUCAUUCUGGAGCAGCGUCUCGGAAAGCCCAACGUGAGAAUGCCCGACGUGGCAUACACACCGCGAUAUGAUGACAGGAAUUUGACUCGUGAACAGAUGUGGACGUAUCGUGGCGAUCCCUAUGUCCCCACCUUUGUUGUUGAAAUUGAUGAGCUCUCUGGUCGAGGCUCUCAACUCAGCGCUCUUGAUCGAAAGAUGAGAAAUGAUUAUUUCCAGCACGGCGUCCAGUUGGGUUGGCUGAUCGACCCACGCCCAGACCUUCAGCGGAUGUAUGAGUACUAUCUCGACGACAAUGGAGACGUACAAUGCUCUGACAACAGUGCGUGGAGAGAUCUUGACGGUGGUGAUGUGCUUCCUGGUUUCAAGAUGCGCGCACCUGUGUUGGAAAUGGUCUUGAACCAGGAUUCGGGUUCGUCGUCAGAAGAUGAAGUUGAUCUGCUGUGUCCCUAUCCACGAUGCAACAAGCGAUUCCGUUCGUAUGGUGCAUUCGCUGCUCCUGCCGAAUGGCACCGUGAGGAGAGAUCUAUCUCGAAGUACUUAGCCAAGCGUGAGAACUCAUAG